CAGCACAUAAUACUAAACUAAGCAAAUUAACUCAUAAUGAAAUUGAUUCUUGUACUUGCUGCUGCGUGCAGUGCCGUUUCGGCCAUGAACCUCCGUCAGGUCGUCCCUAGUAGUGCUCCCGGACCCGAGAGACAGCCCAUUACUUGUGCUGAGAAGAAUGCGUUUAACCAGAUCUGCUCUAAUGUGGGUAAGGUCCCUACAGACACCGGGUUUGAGUGCUGCCAAUGGAGCAACCAGUGUGGCCCUGGUGUCCCCAAGUGCUUGGAGCGUAACUGCUGCCGAGAUGUGGGACCUGGAACUGGUCCCCCUACCCCACCCCAACCCGAAAAUCCAAUUGAACUUCCUGCUCAUGUGAUGACUUGUGAAACAAAGCUCGCGGUCAACCCAGGUGCAUUCGAGUGUGAUGUUGGGUCUGAGGUGCGAACUGAUGCUUUCCUAUGCUGCCAAUGGACCCCUAACCCCGAGACAGCCACUAGAGAGUGUGCGCCUUUCGGAGCCACUGUUAAGUGUCUUGAAAGAACUUGUUGCGUGACAGACGAUGGCGACCAGUAAAUCGUCGGAAAGCUGAAUACAAAAUGAUUUCUGGAUGGUAAUUACUGCAUUCGUUCACAACGGUAAACGUUCGUCAACAAAGGUAGACACAGGUUAGUAGAAGGAGCUUUACGUCAAAGCACGAUAUUCGGCGUACGACGGCUAAUAUUGAACUUUAUAGUGCGAACGUGCAUCAUAAACGGUAUUAUGGAAGUCGUGGCAGAUUAAAUAACUUUCACAGUUGCGAUGAAUAAAGAGGAACUCCUUCAUUUUCUUGCCAUAAUUUAAGCGAUUUUUAACCUUUUUUUCUUUUGCUUCAUCUAUUUGAUACUAUGGUGAUUGUUUAGUUUAGACCUGUAGCAUCUAUCUCAUAUUUUAUCAACUCAAUUGCUGAUACAAGAC